AUGCUGAUUAUUACAAAAGUGCGCCUAUCAUCUGAGAUACCGCUUGUAGGGUUCGAGUUGAAGCUGUCCGUGUAUGUGAUGCUCUCUGGUGGACCUAUUAUCAACGGUGGUGAUAUUACUGAGUCGAGGCCUGUUUCUGGGUAUGAUUUAGUUGGUUUUCUUUGCAGGUUUCGUAUAGAAAGUGAUAAGGAUACUGUUUGUAGUUUUCACCAAGACGAACAAGCUACAAUACAAUGCGUCCGUUGCGUCGAACACAGAUUACCUGUUGCCAAGAGUUACCAUUGCUCUGCAAAGUGUUUCGCUAAAGAAUGGCGGCACCACCGUGCUCUGCACGACUGUGCCAAGAAAUUCAAUACUAGUGGCGGCAGUACAAAUAUUCCCGAUGGAACAACUCGGAAGAGAGACGGCGAAACAUGGUUUGAGGUUGGCCGAUCCAAGACAUAUACACCGACACCAAAUGAUAUCGGCCAUGUCCUAACAUGCGAGUGUGUUGUGGUGGAUCUUGAAACAAGAUCCUAUGUCGGGAAAAUCUAUACUUCAUCAACUUCCUCCGUUGUUCCAGCUCCAUCGCCUACUCCACGACGAAUGAUUUCUGUGAGCGGAACUGGUUUGGAAAGUCGGAUUUCUUCUGGAGUGACUUUUAGUGUGCUCUCGUACAAUAUUUUAUCGGAUGCAUAUGCUAAGGCCGAAAUUUACGGUUAUUGCCCCUCUUGGGCUCUUUCGUGGGCCUACCGUAAGCAAAACCUUUUACGAGAAAUAGUUGGCUAUCAUGCAGACAUUGUUUGUCUUCAAGAGGUACACAACCUAACUUUAUGUCUUUUAAACCUUUUACGAGAAAUAAGGUACACAACCUAA